GCUGUGCGUCGCAUGCUGCUGACGUCCGCUCCGGUCACCUCUAGUCUGACUGUCAAAGUGGGAUGUAUCGAGCUCUAAGUACCGGUACACAGCGAGGGUCUUCUGCCCUUCGCAGGCUGCUCAGCACUUUGGUGAUUGCUGAACAUGACACGCAGCAGCUCACCCCAAUCACCCUCAAUGCUAUAUCUGCUGCAAAGAGACUUGGAGGGGAUGUGUCCUGCUUGGUGGCUGGAACCGACUGCUCCAAGGUAGCAGAGCAGUUAUCAAAGGUUGAAGGAGUUUCCAAGAUCUUUGUAGCCCAGCAUGAUGCAUAUAAAGGUUUUCUACCAGAGGAGCUGACGCCUUUGAUUCUGGAAGCACAGAAACAGUUUAAAUUUACCCACAUAUGUGCUGGAGCAUCAGCAUUUGGAAAGGGUUUACUGCCAAGAGUAGCUGCAAAGCUUGAUGUAGCCCCAGUAUCUGAUGUUAUUGACAUCAAGUCUCCAGAUACAUUUGUGAGGACAAUAUAUGCCGGAAAUGCUUUGUGUACGGUGAAAAGUGAUGAGUCUGUAAAAGUCUUCUCAAUCAGGGGCACAUCCUUUGAACCUGCUCAGAGCUCAGGAGGAAAUGCAAGCGUUGAAAAUGUGUCUCCACCUCCACCUUCUGGAAUAUCUGAGUGGCUGCAGCAAAGUCUGACCAAAAGUGACCGUCCAGAGUUAACCAGCGCUAAAAUUGUGGUCUCUGGAGGUCGAGGGCUAAAGAGUGGUGAUAACUUCAAGCUGUUGUAUGACCUUGCAGAUCAGCUGCAUGCUGCAGUGGGUGCCUCCCGUGCUGCUGUAGAUGCUGGAUUUGUCCCCAAUGAUAUGCAGGUGGGGCAGACAGGAAAAAUUGUAGCACCGGAGCUGUACAUUGCCGUUGGCAUCUCUGGAGCCAUCCAGCACUUGGCUGGAAUGAAGGAUAGCAAGACAAUUGUUGCCAUAAACAAGGAUCCAGAAGCUCCAAUUUUCCAGGUGUCGGAUUAUGGUUUAGUAGCAGAUUUAUUUAAGGCGGUGCCAGAAAUGACAGAACUACUUAAGAAGAAAUAAGGAAAUUACACUUGUCAAAGAAUAAAAACUGCUGCUUUUAAAAACAAUUCAUUGUAAUUACAGCCACGUACAUUACAGGAUACGGUAUGCCAAGCCUGAUAAUAAAUAUACUUUUUUACUAAUGGUGUUUAAAUGGUUUAGGAAUAACAGAA